CUUUUCUUCCUCUAGCUCGUCACAGCAGCUCAGACUCGUCAGAGUCAGAAGCCUGCAAUGCUGCGGAAGGCGCUUUCUUUGUUCAAAGUCUGAAUGCUCUGCAGCAUCCCCUUCAUGUUGGAUACAGUCUUUAGCUAAGCUUUGAACUUGUAAGAAAAUAAGCUAAAAUAGAGGGUGGUCCCUAAUCUGAUUGGGAGGCAAACGCCAGAGAGUGGGGUUUGCUGCAGUCCAUGUCUGGCGGAGCUGCUAAUCUCAAAUGCAAAGAGAGAAACAUAUCUUAGAGCAAUGAAGCUGGAGGCUAUACUGCUGGCGCUGGUGCUGGCGGCCGUUGCUUUUGGCCUUCGAGUCCUGUUUGUCCUUCGGCAGUCAAGCAGGAAUCGGCACGCAAAGAAGCGGAAGGCGAGCGAGCCAUGCACCACCCUCAUAGUUUUAGGCUCCGGAGGCCAUACGGCUGAGAUGCUGACGCUCAUCGACGCCCUCGACCGCACCCGCUACUCGCCCCGGUGGUACGUAGCCGCGAAGACCGACACAAUGAGCCUGAACAGGGCUAUGGCGGCAGAGGGGGCGGCAGAGCAACAGCAGGCAAAGGUGCGGCGGGGCCCUGCGAAGACGGCUCACUACCGGAGCAUUCCGCGUAGUCGGGAGGUGGGGCAAUCGUAUCUGACGUCAGUCUGGACCACCCUUGUGGCGCUCUGGGCCGCGGUCGCGCUCGUCUUCCGGAUACGUCCUGAGCUUAUUCUCUGCAACGGCCCCGGCACGUGUCUCCCCAUCUGUGUCGGCGGCUUUCUCCUCAAGGUUUUUGGGCUGCGGGACGUAAAGCUUGUGUACGUCGAGAGCAUCGCACGAGUGAAAAAGCUGUCUCUGACCGGCCUUAUCUUCUAUAGGCUCGGUUUGAUGGACCAGAUCUUCGUGCAGUGGCCUUCGCUUUGCAAAAGCUAUCCGAGGACAAAAUAUGUGGGUCGCCUGAUGUAGUCCAAGUUCAGUUGCGGCCUUCAAUCUCUGGGACUAUCUUCAACCGCCCCAGCCGCUCACUUUGCACAAUAUGGAUUUUACAGCCAAUGCCAG